UGAAUAAGAACCUAGAGAAGAAGAGGCAGAGUUAACUGUGACAAGGAGAAAGAAGAAACAGGAAGCAACACGACUAAAACUAAUAGCAACAGAGAGAGUCAGUGAGGAAUAACACGCAGGGAGGAAGAUGGAAAAAGAGAAGAAGCAAUAGAACACCAACAGAAAUAUACUGAAAGAAGAGAGAAAUAAAAGAGAUGGAGUGAGGGCAAAAUUGAAUUGUAGAUUUAGGGAGCCCUCCCUCUUUCCCUCCCUCUUUUAUUUAGCUCAUGUGAAACCACGCCUCCCUCCUUUCACUUGUCAGUGCAUCUAUAACAGUGAGCUGUCUGCACCGGGCUGCGUGGGGGUGAGACGAGCUCCUUACUCUGCCAACACAGGAGACCGGAUCUGAGCGGACAGGACUGGAUGGUACUGGACUGGCCAUAACAGAACUUGGCAGUCAGAGGCUGAUUUCUGUGGGAGAGGAGAACCAGACAGCUAGUUUAGAUAGGAAGGUUGAGUGAGGGUUGUGUGUUUGAAACGAAGGACUGAGAAGGGGACUACAGGGUAGCGUGAUGGCAGGGCGGGGGCUCUCCGCCCCUCUCCUUCUUCUUUUCGUCCUUCUUGUCCUGGUGGAAGUCCUUCCUGUGGCCCAGGGUUCUGGCUACCUGUCUGGACAUCGCCUCAGGACUCGCCUGCAGAGGGACCGCCACUUCCGCAACAUCCGACCCAACAUCAUCUUGAUCCUCACUGAUGAUCAAGACAUAGAACUGGGCUCAAUGCAGGCCAUGAACAAAACUCGGCACAUCAUGGAGAAGGGCGGCACGCAUUUCUCCAACGCUUUCUCCACCACGCCUAUGUGCUGCCCGUCCCGCUCCUCCAUCCUGACGGGGAAAUAUGUGCACAACCACCACACCUACACCAACAAUGAAAACUGCUCCUCACCCUCGUGGCAGGCCCACCACGAGCCACAUACCUUUGCUGUAUAUCUCAACAACUCUGGCUACAGGACAGCCUUCUUUGGAAAGUAUCUGAAUGAGUACAACGGUUCCUAUGUGCCCCCUGGCUGGAAGGAAUGGGUAGCACUGGUAAAGAACUCACGCUUCUACAACUACACCCUCUGCAGGAACGGAGUACGAGAGAAACACAGCGGUGACUACUCAAAGGACUCCCCUGACAGACAUCUUACCCGACAAUUUAAAAUACUUCCGGUGUCAAAAGGGGAGUCCCCCUCUCCCCUGUAUGAUGGUCCUAACCUGUGCUCCGAGGCCAGAAGACUCCGUCCGCAGUACAGAUGCCUUCCCCAACGCCCAAGGAACAUAACUCCCAGCUACAACUAUGCCCCUAACCUAGACAAACACUGGAUCCUACGCUACACAGGAGCUAUGAAGCCCGUCCACAUGCAGUUCACCAACAUGCUGCAGCGCAGGAGGAUGCAAACCCUGCUGUCUGUGGAUGACAGUAUGGAGAAGUUGUACAACAUGUUGGCGGAGACAGGGGAACUGGACAACACCUACAUCAUUUACACCUCAGACCAUGGCUACCAUAUCGGCCAGUUUGGUCUGGUCAAGGGCAAAUCAAUGCCUUAUGAGUUUGAUAUCCGUGUUCCAUUCUACGUACGAGGACCUAAUGUGGAGCAAGGUGCCAUAAAUCCUCAUAUAGUGUUAAACGUUGACUUGGCACCGACCCUGCUGGACAUGGCCGGUGUUGAUAUCCCUGCAGAAAUGGAUGGCAAGUCUAUCCUCAAGCUGCUGGACACAGACAGGCCAGUCAACAGGUUCCAGUUGAACAGGAAGAGUAAAACAUGGAGAGAUUCUUUCCUUGUGGAGAGAGGGAAGCCUCCACACAAGAGAGGUGAUGGGAAGGAAAUGGCCCAGGAGGAGAACUUUCUGCCAAAAUACCAGCGGGUGAAGGACCUGUGCCAGAAAGCAGAGUACCAGACCUCCUGCCAGCAGCCAGGACAGAAGUGGCAGUGUGUGGAGGACCCGACUGGCAAGCUGAGGCUGUAUAAGUGCAAGGGCAUGGCUAGUCUCUUUGCUCCACGUAUGCAGGCUCUGAUGGCCAGCGGUGCCUCCCACGUCCAGCUGUCUCCCACGUCCAACUCCGACAGCUGUAACUGCGACGAUGUGGGCUUCAAAACAUCUGUCCUGAAGAGGAAGAGGCUGCUCACCAAGAAGAGUCCCCCUGUCUCGUCUCAUUCAGAGGUGAAAUCCAGUAAGUCUGUCUCUAGGAAGCGCUGGGCCCGCUCUGUGUCGUUUGAGCUGGAUGGUGACCUGUAUGCCGUAGACCUAGAGGAGGGCUACCGGCCCCUGGGCUCCAGGAACAGCAGCUGGGCCACAGACAGGAAGAGAGUAGUGGGGAAUGAUGAAGACAAUGAAGAGUUCAGUGGCAUGGAAGUCACAGCCAAACCCACCACCAGCAAUAAACUCACACCACCUGAUGCUCUUAAAGUCACCUACAGGUGCUCUAUUCUUAUGAAUGACACAGUAAAAUGUGAUGGAGGCCUCUACAAGUCUCUUCAAGCAUGGAAAGACCACAAACUGCACAUUGAGCAUGAGAUUGAAACCUUGCAGACCAAAAUCAAGAACCUACGUGAUGUCAAAGGUCACCUGAAAAAGGUGCGGCCAGAAGAAUGUCAGUGUAACACUCCCAGUUAUCUCCUCAAGAAUAAAGAGAUGUUCAGGCUCAAUGCAGGGCGCAUGCACUCAGUCAGAAUGCCAUCAAAGCAAAAGAGUCAGUGGCUGCAGAAGGAGCAGAAGCGCAGAAAGAAACUACGUAAAUUCCUCAAGAGGCUCCAAAACAAUGACACUUGCAGCAUGCCUGGCCUCACUUGCUUCACCCAUGACAACCAUCACUGGCAGACAGCCCCCUUCUGGACAAUGGGUCCAUUCUGUGCGUGCACUAGUGCCAACAAUAACACCUAUUGGUGCCUGAGGACCAUCAAUGACACACACAACUUCCUGUUUUGUGAAUUUGCUACCGGUUUCCUGGAGUAUUUUGACCUCAACAAUGACCCAUACCAGCUGAUAAAUGCUGUCAGCACCCUCGACCGCAAUGCUCUGAAUGCAAUGCACCAACAGCUCAUGGACUUACGGGGCUGCAAGGGACAUAAGCAAUGCAACCCAGAGAAGGGAGGAAAAGAGCGAAACUACUUCAGUGAAUACAGGCCAGUUCAUCGUCGAAAGAGGCCAAAAGUGAAGAAGCCUUCCUCCAAAUCGCUAGGGCAGAUUUGGGAAGGGUGGGUUGGUUAACCACCUGCAUCCCACAACCCACCACAUUGGCCUCCUCCGGCGAAGGAAAGAGAAGGGGGAGUGCAGGCAUACCUGAGGACCUUGACCACACUUUGAUGGACCAUAACCUGAGAUACUACUUUACUCUUAUCUGGGUUUUCAUUUUUGAGAGAGCUGCUCUUCAUUACUCUCACCCAGGCAGAGGAGAUGCUGAGACUGAGAGGAAGCUUAAAGACUCUCCGAUUGUCAAUUCUACCUUCGCACACAUUUAAUUCUCAUUUACAUCUUUUGUUAUGCCCCAGCUGUCCUGGACCAUUAACAUUAACAGGAUGAUGUGAAUCAAGUGGGAUAGUUUGAUCUUGACAAGCCAUUCUGUCUAACAGUACUGCUUGUACAUAAUAUAUAUCAGCUUUAUUCAGCUUACGUUCAUGACAUGUGGGACUGGGUGGAAAUAUGAUGAGUUACAUGUCAACUCUGCUGCUACUCAAUAUUGUCAUAGCCUCAUGAUGUCUAUGUGCCCAUGCUGACUAAAUCAUUAGUCCUUGGAGUAACAAGACAUACAGUAUGUCCUUUCUCUGCAAUGUAUCUGCACAUGAAAGUGGUAAGGACUUUUAAACGACCGACAAAACUCUUCGCCAUAAUCUUUUGUAUUAUAUGCUGGUGAAUGUCUUUUAUUAGGCAUCAUCUUCCUCAAAGCUGUGAGAUGUGAAGUGACUACACAUUGCCUGCCUUGAUUGAACCCCAUCCAGUGUCAGCCACACUUUGAACUGGCCUGCAGUAACCACUAUUUCACAAUGAUAGAAUCCAAACCUCCAGAAUAUUUGACCACUGGCAGAAUGCGUCAUCAGUAAAUGCCGUUUUACUCCUUUGUAUUGUCAUUAUCAUCACUGUAGAAUUAUCUAUAUAGUUUGUUCAGCUUGCUAUACAUGGUGCUACAGGAUAACAAUACAGAAGUAAAAACUUGCUGUACAGAACAGUAUGUAUUUGAAUGUAUGUUGUGCAAUUAAUAUAAAUGUUUACAAUAUUUUUUAUAAUACUGAAGAGGCAGACCUUGUAUGAUAUGGCUUGAACUUGUAGGGAAAAAUGUAGCUUGAGAAAUGUCAUUGCCCGCAACUAUGUAUGUUUGUCUUUAUUUACAUGGAAAAAGCACUUAAAGGGUUCACUGUGAAGAGAUACGCCUGUACGUUUAAUGAAUAUAAAGUUUACUCUGUGCCACUGCCAGAGGAACAACACUACAGUGUAAUACUUAUUGAUGUGAAUUUUAGCAACUUGCCUUUGUUAGCUUGUUUGAUUUUUUUCUUAGCAAAUAUGUCCAUAAACCUGAGCGCUGAUAGUAAUUGUGAAUAAAGUGUUGUUUGACCAUAA